AUGUUGUCGAGAACUCGGGAGCCAAGGAAGCAGGGAAAUGGCUGCAGGAAGGAUUUUCAACUCAAGAAACUAGGAUUCACUGUUCGCAUUCUCGAGACAUCAUCCCGAGUGGGUGGCCGUGUGAUCACUCUUCGAGAGCCCCUCUUCGCGCCAACCAACCACUUCCUCUUACGCGCUUACUUUAAGAACUUCAACAUUGACUCGUACCUCCCCUUCGAGAUGAAAAACAAGUUCAUCUACCUCUCAAGCUACCGCGGAGGCACCACCAUGACGUAUGACGACUUCGAUGACAAGCUGGUGAAAAAGGAAGCCGAGCUCCUCAAGCUCUUCCCAGGCCUGAAGGAUCGCGAGCAGGGCAAAACCUGCGACCAACUCUUCUUCGAAGCCGUUGAUCCUGUCGUCAAGGCGUUCAAGAAGGCGUACGAUGCAGCCAGCGGCGACACUAAUAUCCACGCCGGAUACCAGGCCGUCACCGACGCCUACGACAAGUACACCCUCCGCUCGUUCUUGGAAGAGGUAGCCUGCUGGAGCUUCGACGCCAUCAGACUAUUCGACCUCGGCAACGCGCACGUCGUGUUCGAGAACGCGUUCAUCGAGUCCUGGAAGGACGCCUUCCUCUCGAGCAACAGCAGCGGCGAGGCGGCCGGGAUGGAACAACUCCAGGGCGGGAUGGACCAGGUCCCCAAGGCCUUCAUUAGCCCCGACCGCGGCGCGAACUCGCUCGCCGAGAACGUCACCUACGGCGCUCGCGUGACACACAUCGUCGACGUGCCCGCCACCGGCGACCAGCCGUCCCAGAUCCAAGUCAAUUAUGAGACCCCCAGCGGCACCCAGCAGAGCGUCAGCUCCAACUACGUCAUCUUCGCCGUCCCCUACGGCGCGCAGCGGGCCAUCACCAAGUCGCGCCCCUUCUCUCCGACCAUCACCAAGAUCCUGCUGCAGUACCGCACGCGCUGGUGGGAGCAGGCUGCCUUCGGCGCCCAUGGCCAGGGCACCGACGGCGGCCUCAUCAGCGACCUGCCCAUCCGGUACACCAUGUUCCCCACCACGGUCAAUAACGAGCAGUACAAGAACACGACCCGCGGCGCCGUCAUAGCGUCCUACACCUUCCAGCAGGACGCCACCACCCUCGGUGCCAUGUCGCCCGAGCGCUGCGUGCACGUCGCCGCCGAGAACAUCGACCACAUCUUCCCGGGCGCCGGCUCGCUGCAGUACCUUAAGGCCGGCGCGUCGCAGGUCUUCCCCUCGGACGAGCUCGCGGGCGGGAGCGCCUUCUGCUACUUUGGCCCCGGCCAGAAGAGCACCUACCUCGAGACUAUGGUCUUCUUUGCCGGGGAGCACGCGAGUUACACGCAUGGGUGGAUUCACGGGGCGAUGGAGGCCGGGUUGAGGUGUGUGCAGCAGGUGUAUGCGGCUGCUACUGCCACCUGAUUGGUACUAGGCGAGUAAACAUAUGAAGCAACAAGAAGGUCUGGUUUGGAAAUAUGUGCACCGUGUGUUGUCAAAAUGAAAUAUACUAUUGAUAUUGGCAGCUUAGCUUCCGCCCCUUGUCCUUGGUCGGCAUGAUCUCGAGCCCAGGCAUUAGCGCUCCUGCCUAGAUGUGAUUGGCACACGCCAUGCUCAAGCAUUCAAUCUACUAACUUUGCAGCUCUGUUGGGCGGCGAUUCGCCUGGCCCGACCUCGAUCGCGAGCGUUUUGGAAUUGAGGUGCUCGCUACUCGCUAAGACGCCAGGUUUUUACCGCCAGUCCGCGGAUCUCGAACUUAGUCAAGCGUACUUCCUGACGCAGCCGAUCGGGGAAAGUUGCGGAUCAAAUUCGAAAGACAUGCGAGACUCGUGCUAACGAGUUUGAUCCGUCCCUCCAAUGCUG